GACAAAGCAACACUCCAUCUCAAAAAAAAAAAGUUAACAAAGAUAGUUUAAUUUCUUCCUUCCCAAACUUUUAUCUUCUUUUCUUGUCUUACUGAACUAAUUAGGGCUUCAAUAUGAUGUUGAAUAGGAGUGGCGAGAGGGGGACAUCUUUAUUCUAAUUUUAGGGAGAAAACUUCUAGUUUCUCACCAUUAAGUAUACCCUAGUGGCAGGGUUUUUUGGUAGUUGUUCUUUAGCAAGUUAAGGACAGUUCCCCUCUACUAGUUUGAAUGAGUGAAUGUUGGAUUUCUGAGGCUUCAGUUUGAAAUCAUGUGAAUGCUUGUGUGACAUCCAGAGGGGAAUGUUAGGAAGGUGGUUAGAGAUAAGCAUAGUAUCUAGGAGAGGGAACUGAGUCAAGGAAGAGCAGGGAAUCACUGGCACAUUCACGAUGCCCGAAGUCAUGGCUAUUGAUGUGAUUGCCAGGGAAGUAUGUGCUGCUGCUAUUGAUCAGGCAGCUGGUUAACUUGAUCAAAAAUAAUCAAAAUUCUGUGCACAAUAAAUACCUGUGACUCUAAAUGUGUGUUCCUGAGGAUAGCCUGACUACCUCACUGGGACCACAGUGUAAAGACUGUUGAUGACUUGCUGUACCUUAGGCACUCUGCUAGACAGUGCCUCGCACUAUCAGGUUAUCUCACUUGAUCCUUGCAAUGUUCAGGAUGAGCACUGUUAAUCCCAUUACCCAGACUGAGAAAACUGAAACCCAGAGAGUCUCAAUAUCUUACCCAGGUGAGAGUGCUCAUAAGACAGGGCUGAAAGUGACUCUGAAGCGUGUGCUUGCCCUGCCACACUGCCCACAGUGUUUGGGCAAGGUGAAAAAACAGGCUCAGAUGGGAAUGACUACAGGGAGUCUGAGGAGAGGAUGUGGGCUCCAUCUUCUGCUCCGUUGAGUUACCUGGAGUGGCCUGAGGCUCAACACCACUCCGUCUAGGAGGGAAGGGCUUGCUUGGCCCAAAGCGCCUAGCCUGGAGUGUCUAGUCCUGCACUGCAAGAAGAGCUGUAGGUCUAAGGAGAACCUCCACCUCCAGAAUUCAGGCAAUGGUGGCUAAGAUGGGAGGACAGUUACCCAUCCACUGACCCUGGCCCCUCACACUCUGAAGCCCUGGUCUUCCACAUGCCCUGACCCAGCAUACCUGUACUCUCCAACCCCCGAGGGUGGGCCUGAGCUGAGUUUGAGUCUGUGUGCUGCUUUUUACAGUGUUUGAAUAAUUCAGGCCCCAGAGGCCUAAGGUGUCAGUUUUCCUUGCUCUGUUGUCAUGGGCACAGGUGUCUCAACACCUGUGUAAUGCACAUGUGUAAUUAAGCUAAUGAAAGGACAGAGAGGGAGGGGUGUUGUCCUGUGCCUUGGACUCCUCUAGGCUGAUCAAGGGAAGUCCCUGUUCCCUGUUCUGCUGAGAGAGCAGCAGGCUCAUCUAGAGUCCAGGUGUGGGGAAUGGAAGAAGGAAGGAAGGAAGGGUGAAACAGAAGUAGGAGAAAGGGAGAGAGUACAAAGAAGUGGACAGGGGACAAUCAGAGUCAGGGAGGCAGAGAGACCAAGAAAAUUACAGAGGGAAAGACAAGGAAGCAGAGGCAGAACAAAAGGCAAAGUGGGUGGGGAGCAUAGGAAAGGGCAGGCAGAGGCCAGAAAAAGCAAGGCCCAGCAGAGAAGAAGGACCAAGCACUCAAGUCCAGGGGCAAGCACCAGUUGGAGGAUCAGAAGACAGGAGGGCUGCAGGGCGCCUUAGAGGGUGGCUGGACCCACCAGAGAUCUCAGUCUUACUUCUGACUUCUAGGUACUGUCCACACCAUCCUUGCCAGCUGGGCCUAAUUUUGCCUUAGGUCUGGCCAGGAGGCCUCACACCCAGAGACCUGCCCCACUUCCUACUGUGGCAGGGCCAUGGGGCUUCGGAGCCACCACCUCAGCCUGGGCCUUCUGUUGCUGUUUCUACUCCCUCCAGAGUGCCUGGGAGCUGAGGGCCGGCUGGCUCUCAAGCUCUUCCGUGACCUGUUCACCAACUACACAAGUGCCCUGAGACCUGUGGCAGACACAGACCAGACUCUGAAUGUGACCCUGGAGGUGACACUGUCCCAGAUCAUCGACAUGGAUGAACGGAACCAGGUACUGACUCUGUACCUGUGGAUACGGCAGGAGUGGACAGAUGCCUACCUUCGAUGGGACCCCAAUGCCUAUGGUGGCCUGGAUGCCAUCCGCAUCCCCAGCAGUCUUGUGUGGCGGCCAGACAUCGUACUCUAUAACAAGGCGGAUGCGCAGCCGCCAGGCUCCGCUAGCACCAACGUGGUCCUGCGCCAUGACGGCGCCGUGCGCUGGGACGCACCGGCCAUCACGCGCAGCUCGUGCCGUGUGGACGUGGCGGCUUUCCCGUUCGACGCCCAGCGCUGCGGCCUGACGUUCGGCUCCUGGACCCACGGCGGGCACCAGCUGGAUGUGCGGCCACGCGGCGCCGCCGCCAGCCUGGCAGACUUCGUGGAGAACGUGGAGUGGCGCGUGCUGGGCAUGCCGGCGCGACGGCGCGUGCUCACCUACGGCUGCUGCUCCGAGCCCUACCCCGACGUCACCUUCACGCUGCUGCUGCGCCGCCGCGCCGCCGCCUAUGUAUGCAACCUGCUGCUGCCCUGCGUGCUCAUCUCACUGCUCGCACCGCUCGCCUUCCACCUGCCCGCCGACUCUGGCGAGAAGGUGUCGCUGGGCGUCACCGUGCUGCUGGCGCUGACCGUCUUCCAGCUGCUGCUAGCCGAGAGCAUGCCACCGGCCGAGAGUGUGCCGCUCAUUGGGAAGUACUACAUGGCUACUAUGACCAUGGUCACAUUCUCAACAGCACUCACCAUCCUUAUCAUGAACCUGCAUUAUUGUGGUCCCAGUGCCCACCCAGUGCCAGCCUGGGCUAGGGCCCUCCUGCUGGGACACCUGGCACGGGGCCUGUGUGUGCGGGAAAGAGGGGAGCCCUGUGGGCAGUCCAGGCCACAUGAGUCAUCCCUUAGCCUUGAGCCUCCUGAGGGAGGGGCUGGCCACCCAGAGGGCCCUUGCCAUGAGCCACGGUGUCUGUGCCGCCAGGAAGCCCUGCUGCGUCAUGUAGCCACCAUUGCCAAUACCUUCCACAGCCACCGAGCUGCCCAGCGCUGCCAUGAGGACUGGAAGCGCCUGGCCCGUGUGAUGGACCGCUUCUUCCUGGGCAUCUUCUUCUCCAUGGCCCUGGUCAUGAGCCUCCUGGUGCUGGUGCAGGCCCUGUGAGGACUGGGACUAAGUCACAGGGAUCUGCUGCAGCCACAGCUCCUCCAGAAAGGGACAGCCAAGGCCAAGUGGCUGCUGGUCUUUAGGCCAGCCAGCCUCCCCACUACUCCUAAGACCCUGGACACUUGACUUCACAAUCCACGAGGGAGCACUCAUUGACUACACACCCUAACUAAAGGAAGUCCAGAGACCUAAUUCCAAAAAAAGAGGAACUCUACAAAGGCAAUGUCACAGAGUACAGUCUUGGAGGCACAGAAUUGUUGGUGCUGGGUAUUAGAGCUGUCCGUGAUGAGCAUGCUGGUUAUUUUGAGAAACGGAACUGCCACAAUUUCCUGUCUUCCUUCCUAGGUGGCUGCUUUGCAGGGCCUUGGCUCUUACCUUUCCCUGCCUAGGGGCGCAGGGAAAAGGAUUGGGGAUUCUCAGUCUAGUUUCCAGACAGGAGGCCCUAUGGACAUUUGGCCCCAAAUUCCCAAUUCAAUAAAGUAAGCGUGUACCUAGCA